GAACGGUGGUUACACCGGACAUGGUAGCAAGCGGGGCAUACUUUGGGAAAGCGAGCUACAUCUGUGAGGAGAAGUGUUGGGUGAAAUUGGAGUGGAUGAAAGGCCGCAAGUCCAAGGGCAGUGUCUUCCGCGGAGGGGGCGUCGACAGUUCUUGUGUGUACGAGAAGGUCGACGGCCUUGACUGGAAGAGGACCGCGGUCAAAGUGCCGGCAUACAAGCCGAAGGUGCCGAGGAAGACUUGGGAAGAAUGGAGAUUGGAGCAGGAGCUCAAGUUCAUUGGCAGCUGA